UUCAUAAGGUAUAACACCCUAGCAUAGCAUACAGCAUACCAAGAAAAAGAAAUAUAAACAGGUCAAGUUCUCUCUACUUCUCCUUCCCAAAAAUAAAAAUAACCAAAUGGAAAACACCAUAGCCUAGACGUCCAUUAAAGCCCAUCAAAGCUUAUGUGCACCUAAUAACGUAACAAAAGAUCACUACCCUUCAUCCACAAUCAAACCCACUUAUAUAGUCAAAACGCAAAACAAUCUUGUUUAUCACUAUAUCAAAUAUCAUCCUCCAAUUCUGUACCCACUAUAGUUUCAAUAUGUCAUUAAAAUUUAGAUGUUUAGACUCCAUGAUGCUACUAAAUUACUUUCUUCUUGUUUUGAUCAUUUCUUGUGCUGCACCAACUCUUGGCUUGGAUUCAAGAAAGCUUGAUGAGACCCCAACCGUGCCUGCAGGGCCAACUGAUGAGAAGUGUACUCCUUGUAAUCCAACUCCUCCACCUCCUCCACCGCCAUCACCAUGUCCUCCUCCACCGGCGUUACCACCACCGUCUCCAAAGAAACCACCAUCAAGUUACUGCCCUCCACCACCUCCUUCUUUUAUCUAUAUAACCGGUCCGCCAGGUAACUUGUAUCCCAUUGACAAUGAUUAUAGCGAUGCUGGCAGAGUGACGGGGCUGCCUGUUUUGAUCGGAUGUGGUCUAUUCGGCCUUUUGCUAAGAUUUGGACUUUGAGAAGGUUACAAGAAAAGUGCAAAGAUGAAGAUUCUAAAGAAAGCAGAAUUCUUUUUGUGUCUAAAAAAGAAGCUUUUAAGUUUUAGCAUCUUGUAAUUGGGUACUUGCUUUUAUCUUUUAAUUGUUCAAUAAUUCCAAUACACAGUCUUCUCCUUCCUCUUCUUUA